ACUCACUUCAUCUAUUUUAUACCUCUGUAAUUUCACCUAAGUUGUUAUUAUGACAGUCUCUAUAUUCAAGAACAUGCUUUAAGGUCAAGGAAAGAGCAAUAUGAUCUUUAGAUUUUGAGAUAUAGCCAUCGACAUAUCUAUAUAUUUUUUGAUCUGAAGCUUCUUUCCAGAAUUUCAUCCAUGAUCUCACACAAAUAAAUCUUGUUCAGUAAAUUAGUCUGAGUGUCGUAACCUCUGGAUAAUGCAGCAGACAUUACUCAGCAAAACCUUAAGGAAAACCUAUCAUUAUGUAAAUUCCGCCCUCUUACAUUUUGUUCCCCUCUGAAAAAAUUCAAAAAAAAAAUAGAGAACUAAAAUCUACCAUGUAGAAUCAUCCGUAAGAGAUUCACAGUUUUUGUUUUCGUUUCCAUUAAAUGGAAACCCUAGUAAACAAAAAAAAGAGAGAAAAAUGUGUCUUGCUUAUCCUUCCACAUUUUGCAUACAUGUAUGCGUCCACGCAAGGACAGAUGGCUUCAACAAUAUUUCUUGAUGCUCCCAGUCAAAGAGUUUAGAACAUGCCAAAGGAGAUUGUAGAGGGAUUGAGGAGGAGUAAAGUGAGUUGGGAAGAAAAACAAUUGUGCAUAGAAAAAAAACAAUUGUGCAUAGAAGAAAAACCAGCAAGGAGGAAGCUCAAGUUUUCUUCAAUUUGUCACAUUGGAGCUGCAUUGUGUUUGGAUUUGGUGCAUCAGGAGUUGGAUAGGAAGAGUUUGCAGUUCAUUUCAAGCUUGUUGUAAGAGCAAACUUCACUUUAUUAUUUGUCUCAACUUCAAGUUUCACAAAACUAUCCUAAAAUGUCUACUUCAGCUUCUAGACCCCCCAUUAGAAAGGACCCUGCUUGGAAAUAUCAUGAGGAUUUUCCAGGGCAAGGAAAGGGGCAAACAAAAUGUACAUUUUGCAAAACAAUAUUCCAUGGAGGUAUAUAUAGACUGAAAUACCAUAUUGUUGGUGUGCGUGGACAUGAUGCCAAACCAUGUCUAAAAGCACUCUCUGAGGCCGUACGUGAAUGUUAUGUAAUGGUUGAAGAAAUUGAAAGGAAAAAGAAACAAAAGGAGGAUCGAGCGGUCAUUGGGAGAGAGGCAAAUUUAGGAAGAGGGACACAGUUAGGUUGUGUUGGAGACCCUUCUUCCUUACCUUCAUAUCGUCCCACUCAAUUUGCUUCCGCUGGUGCUUCCACUUCUACUUCUAUAAGUGGCGGUGCCACCGCCACUUCUCAUGCUCCUAGCACUAGUAGUUGUAGUGGGAGUGUUAGCAUUGGACCUAGGAUUCGUAAAUCUAGGUUGGAUUCCUUCUUUGUGCCUCGCACUACUCCUGGGUCCCAACCGUCGCUUGAGGGCAUGGGUUGGAACAAAGAGGUUCAUGAUGCUGCUAAAAUGGCAGUUGGCAGGUUUUGGACCUAUAGCAGUAUUCCAUUCUUUGUAGCCACGUCUCCUUAUUGGCAAGAAAUGGUUGAUGCCCUUACCAUAUGCAAGGCGGGGUUCAAAGCCCCUAGUGAGAGUGAUUUGAAGGGACCCAUUUUGUCUCAAAUGGUGAAUGAUGUGAAGAAGGAUUUAGAUGAACAACGCCAGAUAUGGAGCACUAAAGGUUGCACCAUCAUGACUGAUGGUUGGACGGAUAGGAGAAAUAGAACUCUCCUUAAUUUUUAUGUUUCUUCCGCAGGGGGCACUGUUUUCAUCAAGUCCAUUGAUGCCUCCGCCCAUUGCAAGAAUGCCACCUACCUAUGUGAGCAGAUAGAAGAGGUGAUUGAUGAUGUGGGUGAGGAGAACGUGGUACAGGUGGUGACCGACAGUGCAGCAUAUUAUGUUGCUGCGGAUAAACUUUUGAUUACAAACUAAUUUUGUUUGCAAAUUAAUUACUAUCUUGUAGUUUGUACCUCCAUUAAUUACAAUUUACAAUGCAACAAAUUAUUUUGUUGCAAGUAGACUAUUGAUGGAGAGGCACCCAUCUAUAGUUUGGACUCCAUGUGUUGCUCAUUGCAUUGACCUCAUGUUGGAGGAUAUUGGAAAAAUCCCAUGGGUCAAGAGACAUGUAGAAGGGCAAGAAAUGUCUGCAAAUUUGUAUAUAAUCAUUCAUGGGUGUUGGCUCUUAUGAGACAAUACACAGAGCAGAAGGAGUUGCAUCGUCCAGGAAUCACAAGAUUUGCCACAAACUUCCUCACAUUGCAAUCCAUGCUUAGGUCUAAGUCUGCCUUGAGACGUAUGAUUGUUGGUGAGGAGUGGUCUUCCUCAUCCUAUGCUACCACCCCUGCAGAGAAAGAUAUGGCAGACUGCAUUUUUUAUGAGCAAGACUUUUGGGUCCCUUGUGAUGAGAUAGUGAAGUUUGUUAAGCCCUUGGUGGUUUUGUUGCAAGUUGCGGAUGGAGAGAAGCCCACAAUGGGCUAUAUAUAUGAGGGCAUGGAUAGGGCGAAGGAGGGCAUCAAAUUUGUCUAUGGAGGAGAUGAGAGCAAGUAUGGUCCCAUUUGGGAGAUCAUUGAUAGGAGAUGGCAUCAUCAGCGCCAUAGGCCCAUCCAUGCAGCAACCUAUUAUCUGAAUCCGGCAUUCCAUUUUAUCCCUUCUUUCAAGGCUGAUGUGGAGGUCCUUAAUGGGCUAUACUCAAUCAUGGAGAAGAAGGGACCUGCUAGUACUUCUCAAAUAGACCUUAUUCGAGAGCUACAGUUGUUCUCAGAUCCACAAGGGGAGACCUUCUCUCGUUCUGUCGCCAAAGACAGUAGGACAACUAUGAUACCAGAUCAUUGGUGGAGCUUUUUUGGCCCAACGACACCAAAUAUUCAAAAGUUGGCAAUUCGGAUUUUUAGCCAACCAUGCAACGCAUCAAGUUGUGAGCGCAAUUGGAGUAUGUUUGAGCACAUACAUUCCAAGAGGCGCAAUAGAUUAUCUGUGGAGAAGAUGAAUGAUCCCGUCUUUGUUCACUACAACCUCCGCCUAAGAAUGAGAAAGAAUGCAUUAGUUGACAUCUCUCCUAUCAUUCUAGAUGAGGUUGAUCUUGAAGCAGAGUGAGCCAAUGAGAGUCACACAAAUCCUGAGAUUCCUGCAGCUGUCUUUAGUGAUGAUGACACUGAUUGGAUCAACCAUGUAGAUAUAGAGGCUGAGGCUGUAGCCAUGGCAGAGGAGGAGUAGAGAGCACGAGAAGAGACAGGAAAUACUGAGACUCAGAAUGACACAGUUGUUCCUGAUGUUGGUGAGCAUGGCAUGGUGUCACGGGGAGCGAUUAUGGCUGCUGAAUCAUCCAGGACCUACCUUAAACACCUUCGCAGGGGGCUUCCUCUGAGCCAUAGGCUUGUAGUUGUAUUUACCUUUGGUAUUUGUAUGAAACAUUUGAUGAUGAUCAUAUGAUGACAUGGAUUUUUUAUUCCAUGAGUUUUGUAAUAUUGUAUACAUUUGACAAUAUUUAUAUAUCUAUGUUUGUUAUUUUCUUCA